UCACUGUGCCCGCCUUGUUAUAUACAUUUUUAAGUGUACAGUUCAGAGAAUCCAGUACCUUCACAUUGUCGUGACACCAAUCUCCAGAACUCCUUUCCUCUUGCAAAACUGAGCCUCUGUCCCCACUAAACAAGUCCCCAAUCUCCCUCCUCCUAGCCCUUGACAACCACAGUUUUUCUUUUUGUCUCGAUGAAUCUGACCUGUCUGGGUGCCUCUAAGUGGAGUCACACAGUAUUUGUCUUUUUGUGACUGGCUUAUUUCACUUAGCAUGAUGUACUUAAGUUUCAGCCAUGUCGUACCUACCACUGUUUUGACUUUGAUCUUGGUCAAGUCCUGUCACCUUGCUGAGCCAUUUCCACUGCAAGCAAAGUAUCUAGCACCCAGUGAGGACUCAAUAGAUGGAACUAUUUUAAUUAUUGUUCAGGAGACAAGAAAAAAAAAUCAGGCAAUUAUAGGCAGUCUGAUUAAUGCUGCAAGGAGGGAAAAUCAGGGGCUGGGAGCUCAAAGGAGGCAAUUCACCUAGGCAGCGGUUGUUAGGGCAAGUUUCUGGGAGGUCCUUACUUUGACUUGGGUAUUGAUGAUUUUUCAGAUGAGCACACUGAGGUUGGGUGUUCCAAGGCUGACGGCCCAGCCCAGGCCAAGCCAUGGAAAUCCAGGCAUUUCUGGGGGGCUGGAGUUUGGGUGAGGGGCGGCUGGCAACGAGGCUGGGAAAAUUAGCAAGGAUUGGACUGUGUGGGCAGAAGGUGGCGGGCAGUGCUCUGUCACCUGACUGUGGCCACCCACCCAGGCCCCGUGAAGUUCUGCCGCUUCUCCCCUGAUGGCCACCUCUUCGCCAGCGCCUCCUGUGACUGCACUGUCCGCCUGUGGGACGUGGCAAGAGCCAAGUGUCUGCAGGUCCUGAAGGGUCACCAACGGAGUGUGGAGACGGUCAGCUUCAGCCCUGACUCGAGACAGCUGGCAUCAGGUGGCUGGGACAAGCGGGUGAUGCUUUGGGAAGUGCAGGGCCCAUGCCCACAGCGGGCAACCAAGGCUGCCCCCACCUGGCCACAGCCGCCUCUCCAGGCCUCCCUGCACACAGCAGCCCUCGGGCUUUUUGCACGAGGUCCCCUUGCCUGGACUGUCAAGGCCCAGGUAGCCAGCUGCCCUCUGCUGCCUCCUGAAGCUCAGGGCUCUCUCUAGUCUGGCCAGAUGCUGCGCCUCUUAGUUGGGCACCGAGACUCCGUCCAGAGCAGCGACUUCUCACCCACGGUGAACUGCCUGGUGAGACUAACCUCUGCCCUGGGCCCCACCUUGGUGGCCCCAUACCCACUUGGAGAGGAGCGGUGGGAAGGGGAUGGACUCCGGGACCCACCUAAAUGCGGAGUGGGUGGGGAGCUGGCGGGGCCAGACUCACAGAAGCUGCCUGCAGGCCACCGGCUCCUGGGACUCCACCAUACGCAUCUGGGACCUGCGGACGGGGACCCCAGCCGUCUCCCACCAGGCGCUAGAGGGACACAGUGGCAACAUCAGCUGCCUGUGCUACUCAGCAUCUGGCCUCCUGGUAAGUGGGUGUCCUGGGUUCCAGGGUGGUCCCCUGCUGGCAGCCAGGCCCUUAAGGCUCCCAGGCCCCAAACCCCAGGGAUCAGAGCUGUCUGCUGUCCAGGCCUCCGGUUCCUGGGACAAGACCAUCCACAUCUGGAAGCCCACAACCAGCAGCCUGCUUAUCCAACUGAAGGGCCACGUCACCUGGGUGAAGAGCGUAGCCUUCUCUCCCGACGAGCUGUGGCUGGCCAGCGCCGGCUAUUCCCGCAUGGUCAAAGUCUGGGACUGCAACACAGGAAAGUGCCUCGAGACCCUGAAGGUAAGGCAGGGCGCUGUGGCACUGAGGGAGCCAUGGACAGCUUCUCCCAAGGCAGGACUUGCCUCGAGCCCCACCCUCUACUCUUGGCAGGGAGUCCUGGAUGUGGCCCACACCUGUGCCUUCACCCCAGAUGGGAAAAUCUUAGUGUCUGGAGCUGCCGAUCAGACCAGACGUCGAAUAUCCCGCACGACCAAAUCACCCAGCGACCCUCAAACCUAACACCACCUGGGAGGGCGCCGACCUCACCUGCUCCCCUCAGUGGCACGCCGCUUCCCACCACAGGCCCAAAGUGACUGUGCCGGCAUCCAACAGAUCCCCAUGGCCAGGACUCUCCCGGCCCCAACCACAGCAGAC